AGUCUGAGUGGAGUGGAGAUGAGAAAAAGGCAGGCGGCACACAUCGAGGGGCCCCCCCAGGCCCCUGGACAGCCCCGACCCAACACCUGCUGCCUCUGCUGGUGCGGCUGCUGCAAGUGUCUCUGGAAUGAAGACAGAAUGGAGAGGAGUGAACGACAGACCUGCACCAAGAUGGACAGUAUUGAAGCUGUAGAAGAGCAACACCCAAGCCUAGAGGAGGCGUUGUCAUGGGCUCGGAGCUUUGAGAUGAUGAUGCGUUCCUUGGAUGGCCGGGAGAUCUUCCGCGAGUUCCUACGCUCAGAAUACAGCGAGGAGAACCUACUCUUCUGGAUGGCCUGUGAGGAGUUGAAGAAGGAGACCAACCCCACAGUUGUGGAUGAGAAGGCCCGGAUUAUAUACGAAGACUAUGUGUCCAUAUUAUCACCCAAAGAGGUGAGCCUGGACUCACGGGUGAGGGAAGGCAUCAACCAGUGCCUAGCAGAACCCAGCAACCUGAUGUAUGAGGAGGCCCAGCUUCAGAUUUACACACUGAUGCACCGCGAUUCCUUCCCUCGCUUCCUCAACUCUUCGGUUUACAGAGACCUCCUGGCCAACAGGAGGCGCACUUGCCUCGACACCUAGGC